AGGGCCCAGCAAUAAGCAGUAGCAAAGUUUCGGUUCAUCCAUAUCAAUAUUUCAAUGAAAAAACCGGGUAAGUAUUGACAAUUGAUGCUUGGAUCGGAUAGACAAACGGCGAUCCAACCGGAGGACCCGCGCGGAGAAAAGCAGUCCACCUUCACAUCCAUUUCCGAAGAACCUCCAGACAGACAACUUCGAAUCAACGCCGCAAAAUGGACAAAGGACCUCUUCCAUCUUCUGUACAGAUAAAUGAUGACCUCCAGUUCGAGGAACUCGAGGAGGAGACUGGACUCCAAAAAUUCUUUGGACGUCUCAGGAAAGAGCCUCUUAUUCCGCUAGGAUGCGCCGCAACCUGCUACGCCCUCUACCGCGCAUACCGCUGCAUGAAAGUCGGUGACUCCGUAUCCAUGAACAAAAUGUUCCGAGCCCGUAUCUACGCCCAGGGUUUUACCCUCCUCGCUGUCGUCGCGGGUGGAAUAUACUACAAGAACGAGCGGGCGCAGCGCCAUGAAUUCGAACGGAUGCUCGCGACUCGUCGAUCUCAAGAGAAGCGCGACGCAUGGCUGCAUGAGCUUGAGGUUCGUGAUCAGGAAGAUAGAGAGUGGAGGGAACGCCAUGCUGCCAUUGGGGCUGCGGCGAAGGAGGCGGGGAAGCGACAGAAGCCAGCGGCCACCUUCGAGACAACAGCUGUUCCUGAGACGCAAAAUGACAGUGUCACGGCUGUUCUCGAUGCCAUGGAGGCUUCGAAUGAGAAGAAGAGCGGCGGUGGUAUUUUAGAUUCCGUCAAGUCGUUGAUCUGGGGGAAGAAAUGA